AUGACUGAAUUAGGUUAAUUUAAAACAGGUCCUGAUGGCAGACCUAGAUUUUUAGAUUCUAAUGACAAUUCAUACGAGCAGAAUGAUAUUACUGGGAAUAGAAGCUAUCGUGAAGAAAAUAACUAUAACCAUCAAUAGGCUAAUUAGGGAAUAAGACCCGAAGAUUUAGAAUUAAUGGAAAUGGAAUAAUCAUAAGACGAAAUUAGCGUGUAAGAAUCACAUAAAAAAGGUCUUAUGAAUUCGUACGCAAUAGGUUUUGAGAGAAAACUUAUUUAGUUGCAAAAUUAACAAUUGAAAACAAGCAAAAUUAAUUCUAACUAUAACAUUUUCGACAAUGCAAAUGGAUAAUAGUAAAUGGACCAAAUGCAAGAUUAAAUAUAGCAGACAUAGAAUUUAAAUCUUCAAUCAAAUAUUAAUAAUCGUGCAGAUUUCAUCAAAAUUUCAACUCUCGAUGAAAAGGCAAAAAUCUACUCUCCCAACAAAGGACUUGCUCAUUAUGAGAAGAAAGGUCCCGAAGUUUAAUUCAGACUAGACGAAGGUCGUCCUGUUAAAUUUUUCUAGUCAAAUUAAUACUUAGAAUAUGAAAUAUCAGACGAAGCUAUUGAAGUUAUUUCAAACUGCUCGGGUCAUGUUACUUUUGUCUCUAUUACCGGAUUGAAAAAAACUGGAAAGACAUUUUUGAUGAACUAAAUAAUAGAAGCUUCAAAUAAUCCUAAUUAUCAAAAACUUAGACAAGAAGAAGGAGUUAUUAUAUGGUCAUAGCCCCUUUAUAAUACUUUAAACAGUUCAUGGAUAUUUUUCAUAGAUACAUGUUUAGACCUUGAAAGACGUGACUAGCUCGAGCUAUAUUAUAUUACUAUGCUCAUUUCAAGUGCUUCUAUUAAUAAUACAGUUGGAUAAUUGAAAGAAGAGUCACUGCUCUGCUUCAAUCCUCUUCUCAAAAUAAGAGAUAUUAUUAAAAUGGAAAAUGAACAUGAAGUUUCAACUGCAAUCAACUUUUUCCCAUCAAUGAUUCUUACUCUUAGAGAUUUUUCGUUUAAUUAAUUAAAAUAAUAAUCAUCUUAACUAAAAUAUUUUGAUGACUUUUUAUUUGAUGAAAUCACUUAUUUAAAGGCAACAAAGGAAUAAAAAAAAACUAGACAAAGAAUUUUAAAAUACUUCAAAUCAAGAAAAUUGAUAGCUGUAAAUUAUCCUGUUGAUGAUUAAUAAAUGAUAAGCUAACUUGAAAAUUUGGAACAAGAACAGCUUAAUGAAGAGUUUGUUAGAGAUUUAUAUUUCUUAAGAAAGACACUCCUUAGUAGUACUAAUGUCAAAGAAUAUAAUGGUGUCUUUUUUAAUGCUACUAUGUUUUUGUCAUUCAUAAACAGCUUCUUGGAAGAUAUUAAAGACAAGAAAAAACUUGAUAUUCAAAAGGCUUUUAGUGUCUUACUUGACAACGAAUUUAUUCAUGAAUAUAAUUAAUGUGUUGAGUUGUACUUCUAAAUUCUAGGAGAAUAAUUUUAAGACAUUGAAUUUAAAUCUAUCGAAGAACUUUAGCGUUCUUUACUUAUAGCUAGAGAAAAUGCAACUGAAAGAUUCUACAACUUAAGAGCCCAUGAUUCACCUGAAGCAGAGGAGAAGUUUGAUAAACAUUAUAGAUAAUUACUUGAAGUUAUAUAGGAGAAAGAAAGAAAACUUAUACAAGUUAAUAGCGAUGUUUCUGGAGAAAUGAUGGAUUAAACUGUCUAAGAAUUUAAUCAAAAAAUAAUGUAAAACCCUAAAUCUAAUUAGAAAUUCAGCACUAAUGAUGUUAAGGAAAUAGAAAAAAAAUUCACAGAACAAUUAUAAUUUUUCAAUACAAAAUUGCUUGGUUAAGGUGAAUAAUACAAGUUAGUAGGAAAAAUAGCAGGUAUAAUACAAAAUGCUUUAAUUGACUCUGUCAACAAAGAAAUUUAGGAAUUAGAAAUAAUGCACAAAAAUGAUAUUGAUAAAGAAAAUAAAGAAAUACAAAGAAUCAAAGAUUUAAUUUCGAAAGGAGAAAAAGAAACUAAUGAGCAUAUUUAGAAUAUUAAUAAAAUAAGCACAGAUAUAAAUGAAAUAACCAACAACAUUAAAAAAAUACAAUCCCAAAAGAUUCCAGCACUUGAAAAGGAAAUACAAACAAUAGUUAAAUAAAAAGAAGCACUCAAAAUUGAAUGUGAUGCUAAUAAAAAAAAGGCUUCUACCAAGUGUGGCUGCUUAAAAAACGAUUUAACAAAAUACGAAAUCAAACCUCCUAACACCUUACCUUCAUAAGGUUAAUAAUAACCCCGUUGA